AUGAACGACGAAAAUCGCAAUCGUCGUCUAUUACCGAAGAAGACGAAAGAAUCCUUCAAAUUGAACAGAAAUUGCACAAACAGACGGAGUUUCGGAGGUUUAUCAAACGCAGAAAUUUGUUACGCACAUCGGUUGCUAAUUUUAACAGUGCAAGAAUUUUACUUCCUUGAAGUAGUAUUUAAGUUGCGAGCGGGUAAACAAAUUCAAGUCAGCAGCAAAUUACUAGCACUUAACCCUUUCAUCGACGAGAAGGGAUUGCUCAGGGUGGGCGGCAGAAUUCAAAAUUCGAAAAUGACCUUUGAAUUUAAACAUCCUAUAAUUUUACCUUUGGAUAACAGGGAAAGAGUAUUGCUAGGAAAGUUGCACACGAGUGCGUUACUUGUUUUAAAUAAGCCAAAGACAUUGUCACAAAUUAUGGGACAAUUAUCUGCGGAUCGGGUAAUACCAAAACGACCAUUCUUCGUUACCGGAAUGGAUUUUGCCGGACCGAUCACAACAUUAAUAAAUAAAGGCCGUGGUAGAAAGACGAACAAGUCAUACAUCUCGUUAUUUGUAUGCUUCACGACUAAGGCGAUUCAUCUUGAGGCUGUCAGUGAUUUGAGUUCAGCUUCUUUUAUAGCCGCGCUUAGGCGUUUCACGGGACGUCGAGGUUAUCCUCAACGCAUCUAUUGCGAUAAUGCGACGAAUUUCGUCGAAUCAAAGAAUGAGAUUUGCGAGAUGUAUGAUUUGAUUGAGAAGGAGGAGCGGGAAUUGAACGACAAUUUUUGUAUCCCAAAUAGAAUUGAAUGGAAAUUUAUACCACCGGCGUCUCCUCAUAUGGGAGGUCUAUGGGAAGCAGGCGUGAAAUCAUCCGCGGACUUGCAACCGCUUACACCAGGACAUUUUUUAAUUGGUGGUCCAAUGACCGCUCUCCCCAACAUUAACAUAACCGAACUACCUACAAAUCGCCUCGAUCGCUGGCAGACCGUUCAAAAAAUCACCCAAUUAUUUUGGAAAAGAUGGAGUAAGGAAUAUCUAACAUCUCUGCAAGGUAGAAUUAAAUGGACUCGCGAACAAAUUAAUUUAAGCAUUAACGACAUUGUAAUAAUACAGGACAAUAACGCGCCACCACUGAAGUGGAGGCUAGGACGAGUAAUCGAAUUACAUAAAGGAACAGAUGAUAAGGUGCGAGUCGUUACGUUACAGACAGCGAAGGGAACAUGUAAAAGAGCUAUAAACAAAUUGUGCAAACUUCCGCUCUCUGAUGUGUUAUUUAAUCAUAAGGAUGAGGAUUAA